UUUUCAUCAUCAUCAUUUUGUCCCCAGUGCUCGGUGAAGAACUGCACCACUCCCUUCCACGUGACGUGCGCCUUCGAGCACAGCCUGGAGAUGAAGACCAUCCUGGACGAAGGCGACGAGGUCAAGUUCAAGUCGUACUGCCUGAAGCACAGCCAGUCCAAGAAGGCCGGGGAGGCCGGUCUGAGCCCGGCUCGCUCCAAACCCGCCGGCGACACCCAGAAGGUGGGCGGCGGCCAGCGGGCCCAGAGGCUGCAGGAGCUGGAGGAGGAGUUCUACACCCUGGUCCAGCAGGAGGACCUGUCCCGGGCCCUCGGGCUGCCGGCGCGCCUCCUGGACUUCAUCUGUCAAUACUGGAAGCUGAAGAGGAGGGCCAACUUCAACCGGGCCCUGCUGCCCCCCAAAGAGGACGAGGAGAACCUGGUGCUGCAGCCGCAGGAGGACAGCAUCCACACCCGCAUGAGGAUGUUCAUGCAUCUGAGACAGGACCUGGAGAGGGUGAGGAACUUGUGUUACAUGGUGAGCCGGCGGGAGAAGCUGAAGGUGCUGCAGAGCAAAGCUCACGAGCAGAUGUUCAACCUGCACGUGAAGCUGCUGAACCAGGAGCUGUCUGCCGGUCUUCCCUCCUCCUCUCCAGCGGAGAGCCUGCUGUUCCGUCCUCCUCCGAGGAUCACUCUGAAGCUCAAGAUGCCCAAACCCUCCGGUCUGGGAAACGGAAACCCCGGCUCCAAGUCCUCCGGUAACGGGCCGCUGUGCCCGGACAACAGCGGUAACGUGGAAGGUGAAGGUCUGGGUCAGGGGAAGCCUCAGCUGCACGGACGCGGUCGCCGAGAGGAGCGCUCCAACGGUCGCCUGUCGUCCUCCAGCGUCUCUCGCGGUCCGACCUCGCUGCCCGGAGGCAAACCGCUGGCCCUGCACGCCGCACUGCACGGCGGCCACUCGUCCAACGGCAAACCGGACCAGGACCGCAAAUCCAACGGCCUCUCAGAGAAGUUCGUGGCGCAGAAGGACAGUUCCUGCCAGACGCCCGGCGACCAGGACGCCUCCAAUCUGACGCUGGACAAGAGCAGGUUACGCAAGUCCGCCAUGGAGCACUUCGGCAGGUCCUUCAAGGAGGCCACCAUUAACCUGGUACGGACCACGGAGGACCUGCGGGCCUCUGACAAACUGUCCCGAAAGGGCUCCUCCGCCAAGGAGAGACUGUGGGCCAAGCCCGAGCACAGAGCCAAGAGCGGCAGGUCGCACCAGGACAGCGACGGGUACUGUCCCGACCUGGAGCUCAGCGACUCGGAGCCGGAGUCCAAAGGGAGGCGGCAGCGGGUCGGCCCGCCUCAGCCGGACGCCGCCGGGAAGGGGGUCAGCCGAGGGAAACCACAGUCUCUGGGCUCCAGGCACGCCGUGCAGAGGUGACGGCCGUACGUCGGCUCCGUCCUUUUCCAAGUGCCAGACUCGUCAGGGACCAGACCAGGACCCAGACCAGGACCCAGUGGAUGCUGCAGAGUCUGCAUGAAGGGGUUUUUGCGGGACUCAUGAAGAAGCUCUGUGUCGGAGAGGAACAGUCUUCUGAGAUUAUCAUUGUUUGCCUUCUCAUUGUGACUAGAAUUACAUUUUGUACUCUGCACAACUUUGUAUUAACCCCCCGUCCCCUGUCCCUCCGUCCCCCGUCCCCCCCCCGACACUCGGUGUAAACCUCUGAACAUUAGACGUUCACAUCGGGAUGUAAAUAAUGUUCAACACGCUCCACUUUAUUGAGACGUCAAACAUUAAAUCAAACUGACGACGUUUACAUGCAUCAAGUAUUCAGUUUUUAUUCUGACGAAGACAAUAUUCCACUAAUCUGUUUUCAUGGUUAAUGAAGACGAGUGUUCCACUAAUGUUCCGUCUACAGCCGUUCAUGUUCACAUGUUCACAUGUUCAUCUGUUCAUCCUCAGUGAAUCUCACGGCGACGUCGUUCUCUUCUGUGUUUGACGGGUCGACGACGUUUAUCACGUCAGAAUAUGUAACAGUAGAACAUCAGCAUUCACAAUAAGUCAGAGUAUACAAACACAAUAUGAUGCUUACAUUCUGAAUAUUGUCGUAUUCACAAUGAAAGUGGAAUAUUAAUGAGCAUGUAAACGUAGUCGUGAUGUAGCAGAUUAGUAGUGAACUCUACUGCAGCUGUUUCUUGCACAUCUGUCGUUUUGUUUUUAUUUUAUAUAUUUGUAAAGUAGUGAUGUCAUUUGUUUGAACAGGACCUCCUGUGAGUAGAACUCGUUAACACUAUUAGCUUUCUGUUAGAUGAUGAUGUCAUUUCAAAUCAAGAGCUCUCGUCUCACAAUGAGAAGAAACGUGUGAAACAAGUCAAGUACAGAUGUGUAACGGACGUUUGCCUCAGAUGGUCACAUGACCGGCCUUCAUCACCGUCACACGGCCGGCCUUCAUCACCGUCACACGGCCGGCCUUCAUCACCGUCACACGGCCGGCCUUCAUCACCGUCACACGGCCGGCCUUCAUCAGCGUCACACGGCCGGCCUUCAUCAGCGUCACCGUCGUCUCUGUUUGUUUUGAUAAUAAAUAACUGGUUCACUA